UGCUUUCCCGCUUGUUUUAUUCCGCCAAUUAACUAGGGGCAGGCUUGUUUAUGAAAAGAUGAACUAUCAGGGUUUUCAUGGAAAUUACCAGGGUGGUGAUGGUGGUUUUAUGAGCCCUGGUGUUGGAUCACCUGCAAUAGACAGUUCACAAAAAAAGAAAAAUAGAUCACAAACUUUAUUACCUAUUACCGCCGCAAUUUUUCACAAAGCAGAAUAUAAUUCAACAGAAGAUGUUUUUCGUCAUGAUGACAUAGAUAUUCAUCAAGUUACUAUAGUUGGUGUCAUUCGUGAAGUCCAGGAAGCUGCUACAAAUAUUUCAUAUAAAAUAGAUGAUAUGACUGGUGAUUUAGUUUCAGUUAGAAAGUGGAUUGAUGCAGAAGAUCCAAGCGACAAUUUAAAAAGAUCAGAGUGUAGAGAAGAUACCUAUGUUCGUGUUGUUGGUAAUAUGAAAUCAUUUAAUGAUGGUCAAAUGAGAAGUGUAAUGGCAUUUAGUUUAGUGCCUAUUAAAGAUUUUGAUGAAAUUUCUUUUCAUUUUUUGGAUGUUAUAUAUGCUAAUUUAAGUCUGAAAAAGGCACCCAACCUUUCGAUUGCAAAUAAUAAUACAGAUGCACCCUUGAAUAGAUUUAGUAAUGAUCCAUUAGGAGGUGGCUUUAAUGAUGCUGGUUUAACUGGUAACAAUAAAGUUGUGUUCAAUUACAUUUCAGCAUGUACAGCUGAGCAAGGAAUUAGCAUUAUGGAGUUAAAACAAAAGACUAAGAAUAUUGGUGAAGUUCAGUUAAGAAAUAGUUUAGAAUGGUUAAGCAAUGAAGGGCAUAUUUAUUCCACAAUCGACGAUGAUCAUUUUCGUUCUACUUCAAAUUGAUCUCUUAUCUUAUUUAAAAAAAUUAAUCGCCCUGAUUUAAAUAUACAUUUACUGUGCGUUUACUAUUAAACUUCUUAUUCGUCAACCACAACCCUAACGAAUUUACAACUGUUGGUUGGAGAAAAUGUGGCUGAAAAAGAAAACAGUAUGCCUGGUACCAAAAAAUGUACACGCUUUGAGAAAAUUACAUAUAGCGCUUUAUAAGGCAUUUGUAUAAGUACAUUAUUUCUACUUAAAGUAAAUUUUUUUUGUUAUAACAUGUUUUAAUCUUGUAAAAUUAAUACUAUAAAGAAUAACAAAAUAAACUUU